GCCACUUCCAACUUCAGCCGGCUUCAGCCCCAUGUGAAUGUUGUUGGAACGAACCUGCGCUUGUAUUUGUCAGUCGGACAUUUCCUUUGCAACUCCAGUGUUUGACCUUCCCCUGAAGUGCUUCCUGUUUGAGUUCAGUAGUUCCCUGGUCGCGAGCAUGUAUUUAGUGAAGCUUUGUGCACCGCAGAGUCUGUUCGCACGGUGUGUGUGCCCUGUGUUCCCGCUCCUCGGCCAGGCUGCACUGCUCCACACUCACCCUCCUCAGCUGAACUCCAACAGGACGUCAGUGGUUCGCUAUGGCCGGCAGAAGUAUGAGAGGCAGUAUCCUGUGAUGCUGGUCCGACCUGAUGGAUCCACAGUCAACAUCAGAUACAAUGAACCCAGACGCGUAGUCAUGAUGCCAGUCCUUCUGUCCGCUCUGUCUGAAGAGGAGCGUCUAGCUCGACGGAGAAAGCGAUAUGGGAAGAAGACAGAAGAACAGACAGCAGUCGACUUUGAAGACAGCUUCAAAGCUGACAAAUACAGCCACUUCUGGAAGAAGAAAUGAUGUCUUCAUAUGUGAAUGUAAAACAUGACAUGAAGAUCAGACUUGAAGUCUCCAUACAUUAUAUUUUAAUUGCAUUUUAUUCUUGACAAACAAGUGUUUGGUCCAAAAGAAGAAAUGGUGGGACAGUGAAACCUGUGUAUGGCAGGAUGACGUGUAGCAGGAGCUCUGCUUUCCUUCCUUGGAAUCCGUUACAACGUUGAGGUAAUAAAUUGGUUUAAAGUUG